AUGGCCGACACAGAAGACGGGCAUUCUCGAGACAACAGCGAUACGGCAACUGUCAUCGAAGAAGGCACUUCGUCUGAGCAUCAGCAUCACAGUGGACAGACUAUCAACCUUAAUGACUUUUUCGCAAAUAUCUCCUUUCCGUUUCGUUUCGAUCGGCGCCGCGAAGACUUCCGCGCCCCGGACAUGGUUUGGACGCAGGUUCCCAGGACAGCUUCACCACUGCCAGCUCGUGGUCGCACUGGUGCUGCUCCGUUACGAUUCAGGGAGGUCCACCCUGGCUAG